UUUUUUCCACCUCAGUGAGUAAUUCACAGGGAAGAGUAUAUAUACCUUGACCUGCUAUCUGCCUUCUCCAUCUGUGUUCCCACCAGGCGGGCACACCAUCCCUGAUGGCUCCUCUGGGUGAAGUUGGGAACUAUUUCGGUGUGCAGGAUGCUGUGUCUUUUGGGAAUGUGCCCGUGUUGCCCGUGGAUAACCCUGUGCUGUUAAGUGACCACCUGAGUCAGUCUGAGGCAGGGGGGCUGCCCAGAGGGUCUGCGGUCACUGACUUGGAACACUUAAAGGGAAUUCUCAGAAGGAGGCAGUUGUACUGCAGGACUGGAUACCAUUUAGAGAUCUUUCCGAAUGGUACUAUCCAGGGGACCAGGCAAGAUCACAACAGAUUUGGAAUUCUGGAAUUUAUUAGUAUAGCAGUGGGCCUGGUCAGCAUUCGAGGUGUCGACAGUGGACUCUACCUAGGGAUGAAUGAGAAAGGGGAACUGUAUGGGUCGGAGAAACUGACUCAAGAGUGUGUGUUUCGAGAGCAAUUUGAAGAAAACUGGUACAACACAUAUUCGUCGAACCUCUAUAAACACGCAGACACUGGACGUCGAUACUAUGUAGCGUUGAAUAAAGAUGGGACUCCAAGGGAAGGAACUAGGACUAAACGGCACCAGAAAUUUACACAUUUUUUACCCAGACCAGUGGACCCAGAAAAAGUACCUGAACUUUAUAAAGAUAUUCUAAGCCAAAGUUGACAAAGACAGUUCUUUCACUUGAGCCCUUAAAAAAAAAAAGAAAAAAAA